UAUAAAUUAAGCUCGAAAGUUUAGAUGCCGCUCAGACGAGAAGUGCCGUUCUAGGAUUGAAGGACUGUGGGAAAGUAUCGCUAUUCUUCUGACGAUUUCACUCGUGUUGGAUCCAGGAAAUACGGGCAAAAUAUCAGCUGGCGAUGCAGCUCAAUUCCUUAAAAAGUCUGGGCUGUCAGACAGCACACUGGGGAAGAUUCAGAAAGAAAAAGCUAUUUAGGGUUUCUUCAUAGCUUUGAGGCUGGUGGCAUCAGCACAGGGUGGAAAUCAUAUCAGUCUUAACAACCUCAACCAAAACUUUGCUGCACCUAAAUUUAAAGACACAAACUGUCUUUUAUUAAGUGCUUCAAUGAUGACAUUUGACUCACAAUGGUGGGCAAUUAGGCAUGAUGAAAAAGGGAAGUUUAAGGGAAUUUUUGAGAGUCUAUCCCCUGUAAAUGGACUCCUCUCUGGUGAUAAAGUCAGGCCAGUUUUGGUAAACUCCAAACUACCUCUGGAUGUGUUAGGAAGGAUAUGGGAUCUAAGUGAUGUUGACAAAGAUGGACACUUGGAUAAAGAAGAAUUUACAGUGGCCAUGCAUCUUGUGUAUCGUGCCAUGGAGAAGGAGCCUGUUCCAACUAGCUUACCUGCUUCCCUCAUCCCUCCUGCUAAAAGGAAAAAGUCUGCAGUUACGCUUCCAGGUGCUGUGGCUGUGCUACCUGCUCUAUCCGGUCUUACCUCUGGUCCAGCUCCUGUCAUAGAGACCCUGCGAAGCACUCCUCCUCUGAGCAGCACAGCUCCCCUCAGCACCAGUGCUGUAAACCUUUCUCCAAAGCACUCCUUUAAAUCCAGCUCACAGAAGCUGACCUUCUAUCUGCAGUUAAUGAUCGAAGCCCAGCUCAUGAGACAACCACCGACUCAGUCACCAACAAUCUCUUAUAAACCCGUGUUCUUUGAAAACUGUAAAACUUUUUAUACGUGACCCACUGCUUCAAAUAUUGCUGCUGUCUGUCUGAUGCAUCUGUACUUUCCUUAUUCUAGUUUUAUAUUAGUUUAUUUAAUUCUCAUGUUUUAUUUGUCUUAUAUUUUUUCUUUUUUUUGUUGUCUUAACUGUUUUUCUGCCUCAGGAGCACACAUCAAAUUUCAUUAUUUUUUGUCUAACCUCAAUAUAAUGACAACAAAGCUACUACUUAACUACUAUAAACUCUGUAUUUCAGAAAUGUUAUAUUCUAACCAUGUUUUGAUGUGGACAUCAAGUUUGGUCUGAUUUAUUACACAAAGCACAAUUAUCUGUAACUGCUUUGGUUAUUCAGAAGGUUCCGUAGUAUCUGGAUUUUGAAUGUAUUACUUUCCCUUGUAGUGUGACAGUUUGGGAGAUUAUUAGGUAGGUGAUAACUGGUAGCACUGCACAGCAAUGUAUCAGAAAAUCAACAAUGUGCUUCAACAGGUUUAAUGCUGAAGAUUAAACUAAAGUAACUCCAACAAUGACACACGUAUUUGACCCAGAGCAGUAGUCUUAUAUUGUCAUUUAGUCAUUGUUGUAUAUUGAAGAAAAUGUCUAAAAAUGCGCUCUGUGUGGAAUAUAGUUGCCAUUAGAGAGAAGUACGAUUUCUCUAUUCCCAUUUUAAUAUAAAUACUAAAAGAUUUCACUCUUGAGUGACCCCAGUAUUACUCCUGACCUGACACUACUCGGUUGUCAAUUAAAAAUUCCAUUUACAAAAUUAAUUACUGGUACAAACCAGCAUCUCCCUACAAACAGCAUGUGUCAGAAUUAAUUGAUGCAGAAUUCUGGAGUAGGUUAAUCACACUGAAUGCAACAAGCCUCUGAAUAUGCAAAAAUAAUGAAGCAAGUUCAGGUUGUUUUGACACCUUACUCCAAAAAUUGGUCUUUCGACAAAUAAAUACUAACAUGUACCAAG